AAACUAGACAAAAUCCUGGAUGAAUAGUUAGGGCGGAGCAACCCUUCCCUCCAUCCGGUCCAAUACUUGCAGUCACCGGGACUCGCCUAAGACCUAGUGCUUCUUCGGGAGAGCCACUUCAGGCGGCCAGAAGCGAUGUCAAUUUCCGGCGGCGGUCGGCGUCUUUGGACUAUUCUCCGGGGAGUUCAGGCGCUUAGCGGCUCGGGGCAACAGCUAGCCAGCCAUCUCGUUGAAACCCCCAGAAGUGCUCCAUUCUCUCACGGCCAGAGCUCAUUGCCAAGGAACUUCUUUGCUUCUCCCUUUGGAAAAAACACCAACUUUGCACGUGUGAUGCUUAUCAGUCAGAAAUGGGGGCCCUCUCUUUUGCUGCAUGCUCAUUUUUCUACUGAAGCAAAUAAAGAAGAUGCUGCUCUUCCAGAGUCUGCACAAGAGCUUUAUGCAAAACUGUUAAAAUCUGUAGAAGCUAAAACCAUGCCACCAAAUGCUUUGUUAUGGUCGUUAAUUGAACAAUGUUCCAACAAGGAGGAUAUAAAGCUUUUAUUUCAGAUAUUACAGAGACUUCGUGUAUUUAGAUUAUCAAACUUACGGAUUCAUGCAAAUUUCAAUUUCCAUCUUUGUUUAAAAGUAACAGAGGCUUGUGUUCGAUCUGAUGCCCUUGAAUAUGGGAUAAAGGCAUUGUGGAAGCAUAAUGUGUACGGUUUAACUCCAACUAUCAGUUCUGCUCAUCGUUUACUGUUACAUGCUAAGGAGCACAAUGAUGUUAAACUCAUGGAGAAGAUUAUGGAUGUUCUAAAAAAAAAUUUGUUGCCGUUGCAACCGGGAACAGCAGAUAUAGUUUUCAGCAUCUGUUAUAACACAAAUAAUUGGAAACUUCUAUCAAAAUAUGCAAAAAGAUUUCUCAAAGCAGGAGUUAAAUUACAUCGAACUGCAUAUGAUAAUUUGAUGGAGUUUGCUGCAAAAAUGGGGGAUGCUAAGUCUAUCUUGAAAACUGAACAACACAGAUCAAAACAUUUGAAAUGGCACACUUUCGGAACUGGGUUUGCAUGUGCUAAGGCAUAUCUUAUUGAACGAAAGCCAGAAAAUGCUGCUGCUGUCAUUAGUCUUCUUUACCGGGAAUUGCCCGAUGCUAAGAAGCCAUUUGUUGCAGGUGAAGUUCAGAAGUUAGUUAGUGAGUGGCCAUCUGAGUUGUUAAAGAGGAAGAAGGGAAAGGAAAAGGAGGCACUACUGGAAUCCUUGCGAAGCGACAUACCGGUGAUGAUUUCUUCUUUGCCGAACAUAGGAAUUGAUGCCACUGUAAAUCUGGAUGAAAUAAAAUGCUGAUAACUGCAAUGCCAACAAACAUGAAAGUCACCCAGUUUCCAUCAUCAUCACUGCAAGCAACAGAAUGUUUUCUGUAGCUAUAACUAUAACAUUGCAAUGUUCAACAUUCUCAAGAGAUGGCACCCUAACUAUCACUUCAGUCUUUGCUACAGAACUCAGCUUGGAACUAUUAAUAUUUGUUCAAUUUGAUAAUGGUUUUUGCAUUGUUGUUUUUUAGCUGUUUUGCUGUAUCAAUACAGUGAAGCUUGUUUCUGAACUAGUAAAUAGAUGAUGUAUCCUUUAUACUCAAAAACCCAAAUUUUGGCACACCGUAUGGUUAUCUA